AUGUCUGACCUUGAAACUCUAAAUCUUGGUCGUAACAAGCUCAAUGGACAGUUGACUGAUAUGUUUGGGAAACUUUCUAAACUCAAAGAGCUUGAUUUAUCGUACAACUCAAUGACUGGCAACUUGCCUCAGAGUUUUGGAAAGCUCUCAAGCCUGAAAAAAUUGAAUCUGCAGAACAAUCAAUUUACUGGUCAAAUCACUCUACUUGUGUACACUCCCGUUGAGGACCUGAAUAUUGAAAACAACCGCUUUUCUGGCUGGAUCCCUAACGAGCUGAAGGGUAUAAACAUAAAGUCUGGAGGAAAUUCUUGGUCUUCUGGACCAUCUCCACCUUCUCCCCCUGGUGCACGCCGUAAUAGAGGAGGAGGAUCUUCCUCACAGAGUGGUGGGGGGAAGUCUUCUGUAGCCACCGGAUUAACCAUAGCUGGGAUAGCUCUGGCCAUAUUUUUGGUGCUCGCAAUUAUAAUUGCCCUUUUUUCACGAAGAAGACGUCCUUCUACUUCACACCUCCUGGAUGAUGACAGGCUUAGCCAGCGUAAAUCCUUUGGUGCCUCCUAUUCAUCUAAGGAAUUAUCUAGAGAACUGAAUUCUUCAUUCAGAAAUAAAGAUCCUGGAGCCGUUUCAAUUGACAUAAAGCCUGUUUCAAAAUCUCCAUCAAUUGGUUUUAAGUCGCUUUCUGGACGUUUGCAAUCCUUUGCCAGAAGAAGCACCUCUGUAAAAGCUACGAAUUAUGCUUUGGCAGAUUUGCAGGUUGCUACUGCUAACUUUGCACCCGCUCGCCUUCUUGGGCAGGGUACCAUUGGACGUGUCUAUAGGGCUAAAUAUGAUGAUGGGAAGGUUUUGGCAGUGAAAAAGAUUGACUCCUCACUAUUUCAAGGCUCAGCGCCACAAGAAUUUUCUGACAUUGUUGUAAAUAUCUCCAAGAUUCGCAAUGCCAACAUCGCCGAACUUGUUGGUUAUUGUUCAGAACACGGGCAUAACAUGUUAAUUUACGAGUACUUCAGGAAUGGCUCGCUUCAUGAAUUCUUACACAUGUCAGAUGACUACAGUAAUCCCCUAACUUGGAACACAAGAGUCAGAAUUGCUUUAGGCACUGCCCGGGCUGUUGAGUAA